AUGUCGAGCAUAUAUGGGAACUUAGAUGCUAGUCGUGCCGCCGACGGUGACCGUGGCACAUGUUCCCACUCCAGUACACAGACCAGCCCGUGGUGGAGACUGGAGUUAUGGCAGGAAGUUCAAGUGGAAACGAUCGCCAUCACUAAUGCAGACAGCAAUAAUUAUCACUGGAUAAACGGUUCAGUGAUUCGUGUCGGGAACUCCCCUACUAUUAUCAAAAACCCAAUAUGUACUGUCAUUUCUACCAUUCCAUCUGGUCAAACGGCCAACUUCUCCUGCGGCUGGAUGGAGGGACGUUACAUGUUUGUUCAUAUUCCCGGAGACCAGAAGACUCUUGUUCUUUGUGAGGUGAAAAUCUACGGGUAUUUCACAGGAAAUUUGGCAUCAGAUGGAAGCACUACACAGUCAUCAACAUAUGAUGGCUGGUUUGCUGAAAAGGCCAUUGAUGGUAAUCGUGGUCUUCUUGGGUUGCCUCGAGGCUGCUCCUCGACCCGUGCUGAGACUAACCCAUGGUGGAGGCUGGAUCUGAAUUAUGUGUACAGUGUUAGUAGAGUGGUGGUCACCAACAGAAUCGACUGUUGUGUAGACCAAAUAAACGGAGCGGAGAUUCGCAUCGGAAACUCUUUGGAGAACAAUGGUAACAACAACCCCAUAUGUGCUGUUAUUCCUGCUAUUCCAGAAGGCUCUUACGGCUACUCGUGCGGAGAGAUGAAGGGACGUUACGUGAAUCUGAUCAUUCCUGGAGACAUGAAGACACUCACUCUGUGUGAGGUGGAGGUUUUUGGAGAAGAAGACGGAUCGCCCUCUGGGAUGGUAGCAAGGCCUGAGUCGGACCUCGAAAUGUCAGCUAUGCUUUCCUGGGCUGCCGAGAGGGUAGGGCUCCAGUGGAAUCCUCCACCGUGUCCCGAGCCCUCGCGGCUGGAUGAUUCCCAGGUACUCCUGAGGCCCCGGCCUGGCUACAUCCCCAAGGUUCCCACUACAUCCUUCAAAAACCAAGUGGUGAAACUGCAAGCGCUGCCCCUGGAGGAGGCAGAUCCAGCCCUGGCUGUGCUUUGUCCCGUCCCACCAUUAAGACCUCCAUUCGGGAAGGAUGGGGCUUCUGCAGCCUCCCGGUUCCAAGCAGACCGGCUGCGUUCACCCUCGAGAGCUGGAGCUCGUCUGCCUUUGGUUCUCUACGUUUUCUACUGCUCUAAUAAACUGUUUGCUUUCCAGUCAUUCACCUCUGGGUCCUCUGUCUCAGCCUGGUAA